AUGGCUUCGAUCAACAAUACGAAGUUCAAGGUUCUUGAGCUGAACGACAAGAACUAUCAAACCUGGGCACUCGACUUCAUCACUGAACUCGAGAUGAUUGAGAAAACUCUCGAGACUUUCCACCCCACCAACAUGGUACUCCAGGAGCAGUACCGUAGCAACAAGUACAUGAAGUACUGUGAUCUCAUCGAUGUGCUGCUUGCCGCCGAGGCUCAGAAUGAACUCUUGAUGAAGAACUUUCACAUGUGCCCUACUGGGACACAGGCACAUCCUGAAGCACAUGCCAAUUUCCGUAACAGCAACGAGUGGAAGAAGCGCCAAAACCCGAAGGUACACUUCGUCCAGGCAUCUGUUGAUGUCGUGAUUGAACUACACCUCCCGGAGCCAUCAGAGCCUACAGAGAAGCUUGAAUCAGUAGCUAUGGAUGUUGAUCAUAAUGCCACCGACGAUCAUACUGCUGAAAAAGGAGAUGCCUAUACUGGUGAUGAUGAUUUUGACCUCAACAACGAGGAUCUCCUUGACGAGGAGUAG